AUGAUCCUCGUUAACAAUUUACGUCAACAAAACUACCAACCUAUCCAUGAUGGCUCGAUUCCCGGUCAUGCAGUGAUCAACCGCGAUCGAGAAACUACGUAUCAGAAUUUGGUCAUAGAUUACUUUGCCGAUAAUCCACGUUUUGGAGAAGAUAUGUUUCGUCGUCGAUAUCGGAUGUCAAGAAGUUUGUUCCUUCAUAUUGUUGAUGCAGUGAAAGAUCAUGACUAUUACUUCCAACAAAGAAGUGAUGGACUUGGUAGAAUGAGAUUAUCACCGUUACAGAAAGUAACAGCUGUUUUUCGCAUGUUGGCAUACAGUCUACCAGCUGAUGCUACGGACGAAUACAUUAAAAUAGGUGAGUCAACAACAAUUGAAAGUAUGACAAAAUUUUAUCGUGCUAUGGUGAAAAUAUUCACAGAGCGGUAUCUACGAACACCUAACGCUAACGAUAUUGCUAGGCUACUCUAUAUUAGUAAAAAACGUGGUUUUCCAGGAAUAUUAGGAAGUCUUGAUUGUAUGCAAUAUAAAUGGAAAAAUUGUCCAACGGCAUGGUCUGGGCAAUACGCAGGACGUGGUGGGUCAUCAACUAUUAUCCUUGAAGCUGUGGCAGAUUAUGAUCUUUGGAUAUGA